CUAGAUUUUUUUUUUCUCUGCUAUAAAUUGCUGUGUAAGUAGGCGACUAUAUAUUUGAAAGGAAUCUAGAAGUCACAGAAAUGAGUGAUAGCUUGAUAAGGUCCCGAACCCCCACCUCUUUAGAUAGCCCAUCAGAUGCUAGCCUUGGAUUUUAUUUCCAUGAUACCGGUAGCUGCCAGCAAGUUUCAGAUCAGUAAGGCUUUCACUCAAAUUGAUGCGGUGACAACCUCUUUUUCCCAUCGCUCUUAUCGGCUUAAUUCAUUUCCAUUACAGACCCUAGAUCCAUCAUCACCAAAACCUUGAGUCGGGGAGUUUCUCAUGGUUCUGGUGAUCCAGGAAUAACACUAUGACGACCUUACCAGAUCUUCCCGCGAACUUCGCCGCGGCGCUGAAGCUCAUCGACGAUGCGCACGGCGAAGACCCCAAGACUCUUCCGGGCGCAGAAAAUGGCGAGGAAACAGUACCCAACGAGCUGCAUUACGCGCGCAAGAUGACGCGCUGGCUUGCGGUGCGGUGUCCAGAUGCAUCGCCGGUAUUGCAGCUUGCGUGCCGGGCGCAGCAUUUCAGGAGGUGGGAGAUCCCCCGCGACAGCUUUCCAAUGACGCGCCCUGGCUACUUAACUUGGCGCGCAAAGCAAAAGACACAAGCAGCGGAGAAAAUCAAGACUCUACUCUCCACACUUCCGUCACUGUCGCUGGAACUCCCGACGCAGGACAUCGAGCGCAUCGCGGCGCUCGUGAGGAAGGAGAACCUCUCUGCGGACGCUGAGACUCAGGUCCUCGAAGACACGGCAUGUCUCGUCUUCCUCGACGACCAGCUCGACGACUUCGAGAAGAGAGAAGAUGUCGACGAGGACAAGAUGAUUAACAUCCUGCGCAAGACUUGGGCCAAGAUGUCCCCACAAGGCCGCGAGAUCGCACUUGGUAUGCAGCUUAGCGAGCGCGGGCAAACACUUGUUGGAAAGGCGCUUGCAGGGUGAGGAAGGGGAAAGAUCAAGGUGCUAGUUGAAUAUUCCUAAGCAUUGAGGAAUUCGCGUUUACCAAGGUUGGGAUUAUUUAUGAGCACGAUGGGCGCCAUCUGAAAAUUUCAGAAUCAAUAGAUCAUCAGCAACUGCUCAGCUAAUAUGGCAAAGUCGCUAGCCGAAGCAGAAACAACGGCAAUAAGUAUCCUGGGGUAGGCUAUUGUUCUCCGAGUCGCUGAUUGGGAAACCCGACGAUCGUGGGGAAAGGGGACGCUGUACUUCGUAGAGAGAACCAAACAGUGGAGAAAAAGUCGGUGUCUUUUCCGCCGACUUACACGAUACCGACCCAAUAGAGCGAGAAUGAUUACUUAUCAAUGUCCUCGUGUUACGUG